AAAUAGCGACAAUAAUAAUAAAAUUAACACAUGAAAACUCAUCUUCGAGUAAAUGAUAACCAAGCAUUUCUUUUUAUUAUAAAUAAAUAAAUUUGAUAAUAUACAACAUGAAUACUCUUGUAUGGAAAAUUUCAAACAGUAUUGGAGUACAAAGACGAAUUUUAACAAAUUUACAAACAUCAUGUGCCAUCACCACCACCACUAGUUUUUCAACAACAACAACAACAAAUAAUAUUGAUGAUAUUAAAAUACCAUUGAGAAAAGAACGUGGACCAACUGAUGUAUUAUGUGCACUUGAAAAAACAAUUGUACGUGAUCCAACAGCACCAAAAUACAAAUAUCAUGAUGAUCCAUAUUUAAUACCAUAUUCAAAUUCUCAAAAACGUACAUUUGCAUUAUCACAAGAAUCUGGACGUAAAACAGCAAUGUGGAUACGUCAAGAACACAGUUAUUUAUUUAAUCAUCGUAUUGCUGAUCCAGUUAUCAAUGAAUAUUUACCAAAAGCAAUAUAUGACAAUAAAGAUGAUGUAUCAGAAGAUGUAUUAAAAAAAGUCAUAGAAAAUGGUCAUGUAAAUGAUGCCUUAAAUAUAUAUAAAUUACUUGAUGAUAAUGAUAAUAAAACAACAAUAUCAAUUGAUACAAAACAAUCAUUAUUUGAAUUAUUAUGUUAUUAUAAUAGUCAAGAUGACUUGUGUGAUAAUGAAAAUCUUUAUGAAGAAAAAUGGUUUACACAAUCGGAAAAUGAUAAAUUUAAAAAGUGGAAUAAUUGUGAUGUUACUGAAAAAUUAUUUGCUUUUUUAACAAAUGAUGAAAAUUUUAAUAAUGAUAAAAAAAUAAUUGAUAAAGCAUACAAUACAAUGAUUUGUGCAACAGCAAAAUAUAAUAAAUUUGAAAAAUCAUUUGGUUUAUUUGAACAAGCAAUAAAUAAUAAUAUUAAUUUAUCAAUAUUAACAUAUAAUUCAAUAAUAUCAAUAAUACCAUCAUUAAAAGAUGGAAUAAAUGAAAAAAAAUCAUUACUCAUUGAUAUACUUGAAAGAAUAAAUAAAUGUGGUAUUAAACCAACAAUUGGUACAUUAAAUUCAUCAUUAAAAGUUGCAACAACAUUGAGUAAUCAUGCUGUCGCUAAAGAAUUAUGUUGUUCAUUAUUUAGUGAAUUUAAUAAUAUUAAUAUUGAGCCAUCAUUAGCAUCAUAUAAUUAUGCAUUACAAAUAUAUUAUAGAAAUGGUGCAACACCAAGUUUAUUACUUGAUGAAAUUAUUCAUAAACUUGAAUUAAAUAAUGAUAAAAAUAUAAAGCUACAAAUAAAAGAUAAAUCAGAUAUUUAUUUUUUUGUAACAGCAAUGAAUAUUGCAUGUAAUACAUUAAAUAAUUCAAUACUUGGUGAUCGUAUACAUAAAUUAUUACUUGAUCAUGAAAAUUAUAAUUUUAUUGGUGAUGCACUUAAAGAAAAUGUAUAUUAUCGUAAUUACUUUUCAUUACAAAUUAAAAAUAAAAAAAUUGAUGAAUUUAUUUCAAGCUAUUAUGAUUUAUUGGUACCACAUAUUUAUACACCAGAACCAAGUGUUAUGGAUGAAAUAUUAAAUUCAAUAAAUUCCAAUGAUCCUGAUACAAGUCGUAAAUUAUUACCAACAAUUUGGUCACAUAUUGUAUUAUUUGAACAACUUGAACGUAAAAAUUUAGUUGAAAAAGCAUUAAAUACAAUGGUUAAUCAUUGUAAACCAUUAAAAAAUGAUGAUACAACAAAUGAAAUAUUUGGUGAAGCUGGAUGGACAGUAUGGAAUUAUGUUAAUACACAAAAACAACGUAGAAUGCAAAAUAUGAAUUGGACUGGUAUAAUACUUGGUGAUAUUGCUGUUUUAUGUUUACGUGCUAAUAAAUAUGAUAGAUGUUCACUCAUUAUAUCAUAUUUAUUAAAUGAACAAAAUCAAAUUAUUGGUACUCUACAUGUCAAUCAAAUAAAUGAAAUUUUUGAUGAAUGUAUAUUAAAUUGUCAAAUAACAUCUGCAUUGGAUUUAAUCAAGUAUUGUGUUGAUACUGGUUUUGAGGAUAACAUUUCCUCAAUGGCUCAUAAAAUUCAUCAUAAUUUACCACUAGCAAAUCAUGAAAAAAAACGUCUUGAAAGUAUUGUUGGUCCAAAAUUUGUAUUUAAUGUUGCUGAAUCAAAUAAAUAAAUAAAUAAAUAAUAAACAUUUGUAAAGUUGUUUGUUCAACUAAAGUUAAGUAUGUAUGAUGAUAUUAAAUGUCCAUGUGUAUGUGUUUAAUAAAAACUAAAUUGAACAUAAAUA